GACCAGGAAUUUCCCAAAAAGGAAGUCGCGAUCAUCCAUCCAUGACGACAUGUUCACGCAGGACCGCCUUCCAUUUUCUCUCCGGUUCCACCUAAACACACACAAGACACUAAUCAAAAUCAAGGGGAAUAAUACUCCUCCCGAUUCGUGACAAUGGCGGAGCCGGUCGUUCAGCUCCAAUGCGGAGUAAAGAAUGAUCCAUGGGGUAAGCAAGGAAAAAACUCGUUCGCCGGUCAGCUUUGGUCCAAGACCCCAAAGAACGGGGAUGUAAAAGAUGACCAAACAUACUCUGAGAUGUGGAUGGGCACAUACCCGACUGUCCCUUCUCGAAUUCUUUCAACAGGCGAGCUCCUCUCCGAGUAUCUAAAGAAGAACCCACAGCUCGUUGGGAAAUCGGCGCUUGAUAAGUAUGGGCCGGAAAUUCCGUUCUUGCCGAAAAUCCUCUCAUUUAGUAAAGCGCUUCCUCUCCAAGUCCACCCAGACAAAUCACUAGCAGAGCAACUUCACAAAGAAAACCCAGACCAAUUCAAUGACCCAAAUCAUAAGCCUGAGAUCGCAGUCGCGCUGUCCAGUUUCGAGCUUUUUGCUGGCUUCAAACCCCUUAGUGAAAUCGAAGCGAUCAUGAAGCUCAAGCCAGUUGAGCAAUUAGUACCAUACAAUCAGCCAUUCGACGACGAAGUACUACGAGAACUCUGCAAGACGCUCCUCACUUUGCCUCCGAUCGUUGUCUCAGAGAUCAUUCAGGGUCUUAAGGAUCUCCCAGAAGCUCAAUUUGGAAAGCAUCGUUAUAUCCCUGGGAUGCUCGAUCGACUUAGCAAGCAAUAUACCGAGUUCGACAAUGGUAACCUCGUUGCCGCGCUACUGAUGAACUACAUUACUCUUGGACCUGGGGAGGCUGUCUGCGUACCUGCGGACAGUAUCCAUGCGUAUCUUUGUGGUGACAUCGUUGAGUGUAUGGCGCGGUCUGAUAAUGUGAUCAACACGGGGUUUUGUCCGCGUGCAGACCGUGAUAAUGUCGAUUUAUUCACGCGCGCUCUGAGUUUCAAACCACACGGAGUGGACGAGGCUCUUUUGCCACGGAGAAAGAGUGACAAGGGUGUCAAUGGGAAAUCGGAUGAGUAUGCGCCUCCUUUCAGUGAAUUUAACGUGUUGGCGACUAGUCUGGGAGCCGGAGAGCAUGAAACACACAAGGCUAUUUCUGGACCGAGUCUGCUCUUUGUCACCAAAGGAUCUGGGCGGUUAGAAUUGACCGAGGGCAAGUCUGUCAAGACGUUCGACCUGCAGGAGGGAUAUGUAUACUUUGUUGGACAAGGGGUGAGCUUGGAUCUAUCUACGGACAAGGGAAUCGCUGUGUAUCGACCAUAUGCCGAGUAAACGGAAGAAUUCGAAACACUACAGUAUGAGACAUUUUGGAUGGGAUGCUUUUCUCCAUGUACACUGGGGUCUGUAGACGUUGAGGUUAGGUUUGGGGCCUAGUCCUGUAACAACGCGUGGCGUAUAGAAUAAUAGAACGAGCCGACCGACAGGCAUAUCCUGAAAACGCCCGAUUUGAACAUGUUUAAAAUUCUAGAAUGAUAGAAGAUCACAACUAAUGCGGGUCCGAUCCUUCAAUUGCCGCUGAUACGACCAUCCGAGCGCUUGCAGCUCCGAAACCGAUCAUCGUCAGCCAAUGAAUCUGC